GCAUUGGCCUACGAACAAACACAAGCUCUGCCUCUGGCUCUCUGCAAUCCGCUCCAUCUGCUCUGCAAAUCAAUUAAAUUCUCCCGUCUCGAUAAAUUCAAAUUCAAAAUCAAAAUCUCUCUCUCUCUCUCUCUCUCUCUCUCUCUCUCUGUAGAUAAAUUAUUACAUAUCUGUGAUGGGUUCCACCUCAUUUCCACACUUGGCUUUAUCACAACGACGACCACUAACAACCCCAGAACGCUCCCUUCAUCAUUUCUGUCCCGGGAAGUUGUCUCCAAAGCCUCGAUUUCGCUGCUCCCCCGCUCCCGAAACCCUAAUUUCACCGCCAAACACUCGUCAUCGUCAAUGGCUACGCCUCUGCAAGUCGCAGCAUCCUCGACAGAAGGUGCAGUGAAUAAAGAGUCUAAUGCUUCCUCUUCUAGCAUGGUGGGAACUGAUGAUCUGCUGAUUGUUGGACCGGGCGUUCUAGGGCGUUUAGUGGCUGAAAAAUGGCAGCAGGAUCACCCAGGGUGCCGGAUUUCUGGGCUGACUGUGACUAUGGAUCACCACGAUGAGUUGAUCAAAAUGGGAAUCAACCCAUCACUGAAGGGCACAACAGCAACCCAUAAGUUCCCAAAUGUGAUCUUUUGUGCCCCCCCAUCCCGUACGCCAGACUAUCCCGGUGAUGUCAGGGAAGCUGCAUUGCGGUGGAGCGGGGAUGGUUGUUUCCUAUUUACUUCAAGCUCUGCACCAUACGAUUGCUUUGACAAUGGACCCUGUGAUGAGGACAGUCCAGUAGUAGCCAUCGGGAGAAGCCCUAGAACAGACGUCCUCUUAAAAGCCGAAAAAGCAGUGCUAGAGUCUGGCGGAUGUGUCGUAAGACUAGCAGGGCUUUACAAUGCAAACAGAGGAGCACAUAUGUAUUGGUUGGAGAAAGGGAUCGUCGAUGCUCGUCCAGAUCACAUUCUCAAUCUUAUACACUACGAGGAUGCUGCUUCGCUUUCAGUAACAAUCUUGAAGAAGAAACUUAGAAACAAGAUUUUCCUGGGCACUGACAAUCAUCCUGUGUCCAGGCAGGAUGUAAUGGACCUAGUCAGCAAGAGUGGAAAAUUUAGCAAGAAGUUCCAGGGUUUUACAGGCACAAGUGGUCCUUUGGGUAAGAAACUAAAUAAUGCAAAAACUCAGAAGGAAUUAGGAUGGGAGCCAAAGUACCAAAGCUUUGCUCAGUUUCUGGGAGUAUCUGAAUAAAUGCUGCUUCAAUCUAAUUGGGGAAGAAGCAAAGGAAAGAUUUGGUUGGCUCUGCUCACAUGAUAUUCAUCACAUUGAUUGAUCCUUAACUUUUAUGUAUAUGGUUGCAUGAAUCGAUGUUAUUCAAAUGGAUUUUCAUUAGGAUAAAUUAUCAUUUUUUAUUUUUGAAUUUUAUCUAUCUGAUAUAUCUAUUAUAUAAUAAAUUUUAAUUUUUAUCAAA